CCUCUGCCGACCAACCAGAAACCCCCCCACACUCCCCCAAAUCUCAUCUCAAUUCUCAAGUACUUCAAGCCAGUCAUUCCAUCCUGUGAUCUCCCAUGGAAAGAAAGAAACCAAAAAUCUGAAAGAAAAAAUCAACAGAGACAAAAGGCAUAUGCAGAGGUGAUCUAUCUGUCUGUAGCUUACAAAAUCCGGGAAAACAGAGGGCGAUAUGAUGUGCUGCUACAUAGGGAAAGCGACCAAGAUCUUCAUCUUCAUUGUCACUCUUCUGGUAGUGACUGGCCUUCUCUUGGGGCUCCGCGGCUUUCUCACGAAACAUCGCAAUCACAAGGAUGCCGACAAUACCUCUUGCUACGCCGAUUCUUGCGACCUCACCGCGAACCCUAAUUCCCAAAUCAAUCCCAUUUCUGCUUUCCCCAACACAAAUUCUGGUAGUGUCCCGCCAAACAACGGCCCGUCGUCCUCUGCACAGCCGCCACCGCCGCCGGGAAGUUUAAAUCCUAGCCUGAACAAUCCCAAUUUUACUCCUCCUUCCCCUCAAUUCCAGGCCUCGACACCUCCACCUCCCCAAUCUCAGUCUGUCUCGGCUAGGCCGCCAUCAUUGAGCCCUCCCAGCGCAGCUUUGGUGGCCUCAGGUCCUGUCCAUUCUUAGUUAGAGUAGGAAGGAGUACUACGUAUUGCAUUUGGUCCAUAGCUGUAGUCUCGUUUUCAGUCGAUUCACUUUCUUGUUAUUCUUUGUAAUGGUGAUGAUGAUUGGGAUCAUGGGAUGCGCCUCUCUACAGGGGUUCUGUAUGUGUGGAGAUUUUUUUUUUGGGAAAUUUCACUUUGCACCCAUAGUUUGGGUAAUAUUUGACUUACCAUCUCAUUUCUAGAAAAAGGAAUGCGGUGCAAAGUAAACUUUGUGAAACAAUGAGGUACACCCUCGGCAAAGAGCUCGUUUGAUAAUACUAAAAUCGGUUUAGUUGCUUGAUUUCGUUGAAAUUUAUUAAGUUCUCGUUAAA